AUGUAUUUUAGGGAGCCUUUGCAACCAAACACAACACCGUUGCCUCCAGCUGGUAUCUACUACUGCUCGACGGAGUUCUGCAACAGAGAAGCUGAAAGGCUCAAGUCCCUCUUGAGUAUUACGACGGGGCCUUGCGACAAUUUUUACCAACACGUGUGCAAGAAGUGGGUGCGUGGUCAGUACUUGGAGAGCUCUGGAACCGGGACUGCUAUUUCGAGUGACACGAUGAUCCAGGAUGAUCUCAUAGAUAGCCUGACAGCCGAUUUGAGAAAACAAACCAGUGUAGCUCUCGAACUGUACAACGCGUGCAAAGACCGCACCCUCUCAGGCAGAGCGCUUGCAGCCAUGGACGACCUGUUUCGGCAGUGGACGAUACGUCAGUGGCCGACGGAGGCAUUAGCAUCUACACGAAAUGUCUGGUCAUUUGCUGGUGAGUUGAUUAAAGACUUUGGCUUGAAUGCUCUAGUGGACGUACACGUGGCCAUCGACCCAGAAGAUCCCACAAAGGUCGCUCUAGGCAUGAGGAAGCCUUCUUUUCUAUGUUCUUGCAACGAUGCUGCCCGUCCUGCGGUCACUAACAUGAUCCAAGAUGCUCUUGUGGAAACAAUGGCAGCUGUCGGCCGCUCAGGGGGUCCACAGCUUGUCGACGAGGUGAUGCAAGUGAUAACUCGCUUCAGUUCUAGUCCCCCGGAACCACCACUUUCAGAAAUGGGCAUGCGCGGCUUCAGUGUGGUUAGGCUGUCGGACAUGGACCCUGGCAUCGCCGACCUCCUAAGUGCUACUUUUGGCAAUGAUUCCUUCUUCAAUGAAGAAACGAAGGUAGUGAUCAAGUCUCCAGACUUUCUUCAGGGCCAUCUAGUAGCCGCACUUCGAGAGUUGCCACCACGAGCUGUGAUGAACUAUUUGGGCUUUCUGGUUUUCAUCAACCUCGCACCGUUUUUCUUAGAUAGGCACCGGCUCCUCAGGCAGCUUUUUGGCAAGAGCAUACUCGGCAGGACUCUCCCCGACGUGUCAAACACGGGUCGCCUUUGCUUGGUGGCAGUGGAACGCGUCUUGCCCGGCUGCUUCGCGAAGACUUCGAGCCAGUACCUCCGAGACUCGGGAGGCAUUGUCGCUAACAAGCUAGCGCAGCUGGUGACUAGCUUCGGGCGGAGUAUCGAGUAUCUUGCUUGGAUGGACGACAUGGGAGCCGUCAUGUCCCGCUAUCUACUCAAGGAGUACGCGACGUUGCCAAAGAGCAACGACAGCACAUUCUGCCCCACCUCUUCCGCCUCGUAUGCGAAGGACAGCUCGGUGAAGUUCUUCGUGGCCUUGUCGAGGAACCGCCAGAGAACUCUUUUGAGCCCCCUGAUAAAGAGUGGUAUUGCCGACGUGAAGCCAGUGCCGCGCUCACAGCUUCUGACGACGGUGACGUACGACGCCCCCUGCAGGCGUCUUUAUGUCCCUGCGGCGCUGUUCAACGUUUCCGUUCCCGUUAAUACCAGCCACUUCUCGCUUCAAUUUGCGCGUUUUGCCGUGCGCUUCUACCGAGCUGCGGUGGAAGCGCUACUUCACAGGGACGCCGUCCAGUCUUCUCUGCGCUACAGUGACGACCUACAGCGCCGCUUCGAGGACGUACUCGGCUGCUUCGAGUGGGAACUUCGGCAGCUGCCGGCAGGUCUGAGCCACUCGGCCGUCGCUCCCAAUUCGGUGACGGCACGUGGCGCGUUUCUACAGCAGACGGUUGCUGUGCAGCUAGCCUUCAGAGCUUUCCAGGAGCUUUUGCAGAUCCGGCGUACUUGGAACCUGGACUUCCGGCUCGCGCAGCUUCCUGGCCUCAGCGUUGAUCAGCUUUUCUUCGUCUACUACGCCCUGGAUAACUGCGAAGCAUCUGACGUGGUGUAUCAAGAACAACACGGUCCCUGGCUGCCGGCGCACUACCGCGUCAACGUGCCGCUGCGCAACGUCGUCGAGUUCGCGGCGAUCUUCAGUUGCCCGCCCGACUCUGACAUGGCACGCGUUAGCUUCGUACCACGCUGCACGGUCGUCACCGUCGACCGAUGGGAUCACAGCCGACCGUGA